AUGAAACGUGGAACAUCGCCCGAUCUACGCGACUCUCAGAGUGAUGGUGAGGAGCGGCCGUCCAAAGUACCCCGGCGAGGUAGCUUGAGCACGAAUCCAGAACCUUUGCAGAGGAAGCACGACCGUAGAAAAUCAUCACAGCCGCUUUCUCCCUCCUCGCCAGAUCACCCUGGAAAAGAAUCCAAUCCUCCAGAACACCCAACUACGACGCCAAUCUCGCUCACGCAUACGCCCACCCCGCUUGAAGACCAAAUAUACCAGUGGAUACCAGCGCCGGAGGCUGCUGUCGUCGAAGAAAUGAGUGAACCAGCAUCCAAGCGAUCCCGAUCGCGCUCGAUCUCUACCGACCGGGGACGCGCUCGGUCUGUCUCCUCGGAAUACAGCGAAAGCAGCUCGGCUCGUGACACUCGGUCAUACGCCUACCGAGCUGUGAACUAUGUGACCAUACUGGAGACCAAGGGUUGCUUCAUGCAGCCGUCCCCAGCUGGCCCGAUGCCCGACGACAUCGCGCUCUGUAAGCGUCUUCUUCAUCAGCCGAUCGCAACUCCCCAGGGCACCCUAUUCGAUGACGAGUAUGUUGACAGAUUCCAUUACGCGCUGCGGAACCGGUCUGAAGCGCGUCUCCUAGUAGACCUGCAUCCCCUGAUCAUGCCGUCGGCGGAAAAUCAGUUCAUCAGGGGCACGCAGGGCCUGAGAGACGUCAUAGAUGGAUACAAUGAUCCAUGGCUGAAGACUGAGCCGAUCUAUGGUCCAAAGCCGCAGCCUGACCAUGCACGUGGAUUGAAGUGGUCAGUGUUCACUGAGAGCCAGCGGCGCAAGCUCGGCAUCAGACCCGACGAAAAAUCGCCGUACACAGCGCGCGAGGACAUGUACUUUUCUUACCUGACCGCUGAAAUCAAAUGUGGAAACCAAGCGCUGGAGCUCGCGGACCGGCAAAACAUGCACAGCAUGUGCAUCGCGCUGCGAGCCGUGGUCUCGCUGUGCCAGGCGGCUGGCUGUACAGAAGAGGUGCAUCGGCGGAUUCUGGGCUUUUCGAUAUCUCAUGAACUCGAUGGCUUUCGCAUAUACGGCUACUAUCCUGAGUUUGAGGAAGAUAAAGUCUCAUUCUACCGGUGGCCAAUUGCACAACCCAACGUCUGGACCCCAGAAGAUCGAUGGACAUGCUAUCGAUUCGUGAAAAAUGUGGACCGUGAGUUCCUGCGCAUUCAUACCGAUCGAUUGAUGCGCGUCCUUGGCAGAGUGCCUGAUCCAGAAGACGACACCUCGGGAAUCGACGUCGAUGAAGUCGAGUCACAGCUGUCCAUCAUUGGAUCGCAGGAACGGCCAGGAUAUCGUAGAGCCGCAUCCUCACAGGGCCGUGGACUGCAACCUGAGCUGCGAAUUAUGGUUCAAGCACUGCAGCAACAGCUAGCAGAACAGAAGGCAAAGGAGGAGAAACGGGAAGCAGAGCAGAAGGCGCGGGAAGAGAGACUUCUUGCUCAGCUUGAAGAACAAAACAUACGACAAAGGCAACUAGAAAAGGACCAGAAGGAACGAGAAAAGAAACGCGAGGCAGAGCAGAAGGCACGGGAAGAGAAACUGCUUGCCCAAUUGGAAGAGCAAUUUUCUCGUGACACGCAACGAGAAGAAGAUCAGAAGCAAAGAGAACAGAAGCGGGACGCAGAACAGAAGGCACGAGAAGCUGAACAAAGGGCGCGGGAAGAGAAACUCCAUGCUCAGCUGGAACUACAAGGGAGACUUCUCGCCCGCUUAGAGAAAGAGGACUUCAAAUGA